AUGGCUCACUGGCUGAUGGUGGUCAUUGCGCUCACCUACCUGAGUGGCUUGACCUCUCCGAGCCCUACGUCUAUGCCCUACAAAACCCGUGAGACUAACUUUAUGGAGCUCAUUACAGAACUGAUGAACAUCACCAACAACCAGAAGGACACUGUCUGCAAUGGCAGCAUGGUAUGGAGUGUCAACCUGACAGGCAAUGAAGGUAAGGAGUUCCUUUACUGUGCAGCCCUGGAGUCCCUGCGCAAUGUAUCCAACUGCAGUGUCCUCCAAAAGACCCGGAAGUUGCUCAAGGAUUUCUGCAUUCUGGCACGCCAAGCUGGGGUUCCCCCUCCACUCGUUCGACAUACUAAAAUUGAAUUGAAACCGUUUUUGAAAGUCCUGCUCAACUACAUACGGCAUAUGUUUAGAACCAGCCGCUGA